AUGCAGUCUGCCGAUUCCUUUGAUUCACCUGAUUGGUGGCGUCAAGCUGUCAUUUAUCAGAUAUACCCACGGUCAUUUUGUGAUUCCAAUGGAGACGGUCUUGGUGAUCUAAAAGGUAUAACCUCCAAAGUGCCUUAUAUAGCUUCUUUGGGUAUUGACGCAGUUUGGUUGAGUCCCUUCUAUCCGUCAGCACUAAAAGAUGGUGGAUACGAUGUAUCAGACUACAGAAAUGUCGACCCGCGUAUUGGAACACUCGAAGAUUUCGAUGAGAUGGUCAUUGCUUUACAUAAAGUGGAUAUCAAGGUCAUGGUAGAUAUCGUACCCAACCAUUCAAGUGAUGAACAUCCUUGGUUCCAAGAUGCCUUGAGAGCUGGCAAAGGUUCAAAGGAGAGGGAGAGGUAUAUCUUCAGGGAUGGUCUGGGAGCAGACAACGAAAUCCCGCCAACAGAUUGGCAAUGUGCGUUUGGAGGACCCUCAUGGACUAAAUCCGGAUGUCAAGACGGGCAAUGGUAUUAUCACAUGUUUGAUUCUUCUCAACCUGAUUGGAAUUGGGAUAAUCCUGAAAUCAAACAAGAUUUUUUGGCAACAUUGAGAUUUUGGGCAGACAAAGGUGUAUCGGGAUUUAGGAUUGAUGUUGCUCAUGCUUUAGUAAAAGACUUCAGUGAUCCCUUACCUAAUUGGGAAGAAUUAGUCAAGAUAAGAGAAAAGAAAUUGGAGAAUGGUAAUAAACAUAUCACUCAUCCUUAUAUGGAUAGAGAUGAAGUUCAAGAAAUAUAUAAGGAUUGGAGAAGAUUAUUUCAGGAAUAUGAUCCACCCUUAUUUGCUGUUGCGGAAUGCUGGGUGGCACCAGAUCGAAAGCCCCUGUAUGCAUCUUCACAAGGAUUAGGUCAAGCAUUCUCAUUUGAUAUCAUGCUGUGUAAUUUCUCCGCAUCGGAAUUUAAGGAUUGUAUCACCAAUUCCUUGAGAGAUAGUAAAGAAGCUAAAAGUAGUACUACUUGGGUAUUAUCAAAUCAUGAUGAAAUCCGACAUGUUACACGAUAUGCUUUGCCAGAUGUUCCAAACGCUGGAUAUCCAGAUUUUGAUGAAGCAUUUAACGCUUAUAAACUAUCUAAAUUCCAAGAUCCACCUAUCGAUAUACCUCGAGGAACUAGAAGAGCCAAAGCCGCUACGUUAAUGAUAUUAGGAUUACCAGGAUCGACUUACAUUUAUCAAGGCGAAGAAUUGGGGCUACCAGAGGUGAUAGAGAUACCUGAUUCACAAAGACAGGAUCCACAUUUCCAUCGUACUCAUGGUGAAUGUAUUGGAAGAGACGGAUGUAGAGUUCCUUUACCAUGGUCGUCAACUUCCAGAAAUCUUGGAUUCGGUGAUUCUAAAGAACCCCAUCUGCCACAACCGAAAUGGAUGAAAGAUUAUUCUGUAGACCUACAAGAAUUGAACUCAGGUAGUGUACUCAAUUUAUAUCGAGAAGCGUUACAUCUCAGAAAAGAUCUAUUACCAGUGAGCAAUGAAGAGGAUUUAGAAUGGAUCGACCAUGAAAAUCAGAAUGUCAUGUACUUUAAACGAUCUGGCGGAUGGGAAAUUCUGAUGAAUGCAGGAAAAGAUCCGAUUGUCUUACCUCACGGGAGGAAGGUGAUCCUGCGGUCAGACGUUUCAGAUGAUCAUGAAAUAAUCAAUGGUGAAACUACUGUGUGGUUGUCAGUUUGA